AUGUACCCUGGUAUUGCCGAUCGUAUGCAGAAGGAAAUUACGGCUCUAGCUCCCAGCACGAUGAAAAUCAAGAUUAUUGCUCCCCCUGAGCGCAAAUACUCCGUAUGGAUUGGAGGAUCUAUCCUCGCCUCCUGUCCACCUUCCAACAGAUGUGGAUCUCCAAGCAAGAAUACGACGAGUCCGGACCGUCGAUCGUUCACC